UUUUCCUCAGUCGGAAAGCGAUAUUCAAAGCGAACGGACGCAAUUCCGGGAAGUUCCGAGUUGAAAAAUUUAAUAAAAAAUAAAACGGUCCCCAACGACUGGCGAAACCGGACGAGUCAGGCGGACUGAUCAAACAACCAACCUGACCUAGAACUACUUAAUCUGCGGGAGGGGAAGAAUAAAUCUGAAAACGGCAUUCGAUCGUGUGAUAUUAGCCUACCAAUCAGUGGCUCUCUGGAAUUACAAGAACUAGGCCGUUAUUAGAAAAGAAGAAUCAGUGGAAAAUAAGACAGUGAUUGACCGUUUCUAAUCGAGACAGCUCGCGCUGUUCUUGGUGUAACGAGGAUCAGCCGUAUCGAUCCGAGAAUCCGAAUGUAGAAAACCCGAAAAUACUACUGAAAAAAGUGAAAAUUUUAAUUCUUUCAUUAGGAAAAAAAGAUCAAUUUUCGCAAAGCAAACAGUAAAGAAGAAAAAAAAGGCGAUCUGUCUUGUUUGCCAGAAAAGGCUAAUGACUCUUUGCUGAACCUCUCUCCAAAGGGGAAAACUUCUAUCCGUGCCUUAGUUUAUGUUGGGAAGAAAAAAAGUUGUGGUAAAGCGCAAGCAAGAUCCAGCAGAUCCCGAGCAGCAGCAGCAGCAGCAGCCAGUAACAACUUGGCCAGCGUUUCAAGACUGGACUGAGAGCGCGCACAUUCCAGGGCGCACAUACAAGAGAGACACAAGUGGGAAGGUAAAAAUAACGCGAUGAAGCAUAAAUCCAUUUUACUGCUGCUAUGUCUUCUGGUGGGACCGGCACUAGCCAUGCCGAAUAUGGAACCAAUCUACACCCGUGGCAACAGAAAUCCACUGGAAGUGACCGAAGAAUUCAUCGCAACGACAAACACGCUACCAACGAUUGGAUCCAAAGAGGAAGAUCAAACGACGAUCGGAAGCAGCUCACCACCAGCGCCACAAUCGAAGUUUGCAGCUGAAUCGAAGACACCAACUACGACAGCAGCUCCAGCUACUGUGCAGGAGGUCAAUAGCAGCCCACUGUUCAAACGACAGGAGGUACCACUGAAAGCAAAACUCGCCACCUCGGGAUACGUCGUAUCUACCAGUACUAAAAUCCUAACUAGUGCAGGUAUCCAACAUCUACCGAAAGCUUCCAGCAAUGAAGGAAAAGGCCACGAAAAUGUUGGUUCCUACGAAAAGCUCCCUAGAAAUAAUGGCGUCGCCGAACCAUUGUCCGAUGAAGACUACCCGAAAGAGCUUGGCAAACCGGUGGAACAAGGUUCAAUCAAGCUACAAACCACUACACCAAAAGAGGGCUUGUCCACGUGGGUUCUACUCAGCGGCAGCAAUUCUGUAACUUCAACUGAAUCGAAGAAAGAAAUUGUGAACACAACGAAGAAACCUUACACUAGCACAACUAGACGUCCGGCGACGACCAGCGGCCGUAAGCCUGUGACAACACCACGUAGACGAACGACCACCAACACGCGUUCUACCCCAAUCAUAUCGGAAGAGAAAAAGGAGAAGAUCAACAAAUUUAUCAAUCGUAUAAAAGCAAGUUCACUGGAAGGCAUAAAACCAAAAGUGGAUAACAGUACAUUGAUCACCAAAAAGCCAAAGAAACCAAUCGCAACUACUUCGACGACUACGACUCCUGCAACGACGACGACGACGACGACGACUUCUACAACUACGGAAUUGACCCUUACAGAAUCAUCCCUUGGUAGUACGUCUUCGGAUGAACGUCCCGAUGAUAAUGCUCUGGAAACCUCAACCUUCUUGAUUUUGGAACCAAAAGAUGCUUUGUUCGACUUACCGGAAGAUCGCUCGCCAACCAAGGUUGCUAAGAAGAAGCCUAUCCGUAAGAAUGGCACGGCCACGAAGAAAAAGAAUUCGAAAAAGAAGCCCGAAGAAAAAGACGCUCUCGGUAAACCGGGAGACAAAGGAAAACCGACAAAGAGUAAACCGAUGACAACGCAGAUAAUGAACUUCCUAUCACGGGAAGUUAUGCCAACGGUUGGAGUCGGCCUUGUUGGACUGGUUAUUACAGCUGGUCUAGCAUCGUACUUCUUAGGUAGCCCACUAACGGCAGCACUACGUAGGUCGGACGAAACCAAUCGGAAAGAUGAUGUAUAUUUCUCAAACUAUGAGGACUAUGCCACGACCGAUGGCCAGAAUGAGGAGGAAGUUUUUGGAAAGCUGAUCGCUGGUAUGCCGGAGAGAUCAUACUACCGCAACAAUAUUCGUCGGCGUAUCAGCCAACCGGCUCGAACCGGUCAUCAGUACGGGAACUAUCAUGUACAAAGUUACUCCGCCAAUAAGUAUCCUCACAUCAACUAUCGAAACCGGCCAGCGUAUGCCGGAACUCCGGAAAUGUACGCCAUGUACAAUAGAAACGCUCAGGCGAAGUCUCACAACGAAUUCUAUUACAAUACCCCACCGAGCUAUCAGACAAAGAUGAGUUCACCGGCGUUUACUCCUACGGAGAGUCCAGUAUAUACUACGACGUCGACGACACAGACUCCAUUGACAAGCGCUGACCCGGUGUCAGCAUCGGUCGAAGGCAUGGACGAUCCGGAGGAAUCCGAACCCGAGAUGCUGCCGAAUCCAGCCGCUUACACGGCGGAGCACAGGCCGGAACAUCACGCGCAGUACGUAGUGGGCAGCGUUUACCAUCAGGAUAACAGCAUGCUAGACAUCAUCACGUCCGCACCGGUACCGGAACAUGGUCCUCGUCGUCGAAAACGUGAUCUAAGCGUAGAACAAACUGAAAAUGACCAUGAUAAUGAAAUUUCCGGAAGUGAAGAGCAGAAACCAAUCUCCUCGAUCAAUUCGGCAAUGGCCACAUCCUCUGAGGGGGCUGACCUGAACGGUAGCAAUGCCGUUACCGAGGAGGAUAAAAUUGCAAUCGUCGAACCCCUGCCUGCCGACGAACGACCGAUCACUUGGUCGGAAUUGAUUCGCAACACGGUUGAAAUGAAGAUGGUUAUGGGCAUUAAACUGCUGCAGCAGGUGACUUCGCAGUUCCAGAGAUAUCUGAACGGCGUUCAGAAUCGUGUCGGUGGUGUCUUUAACCAGACUACGGUACGCCAGUGAUCUCCGGUAUUUCAAAAUUUAGCUAGGCGCUAAACGGAAUACUCCUAGGCUGAGCUUUUCUAGAUGUAAAAGAACGAUUAUUGUCGAGUUACGAGGACACGAGUUUGAGGAUUGAAUUCUCGUUGAUACGCGCUUGUUGUAAUGAAUUCUAUGAGCUUUACCUGACUCUUUUGACUCUAUCUAUCGAGAAAGGUAAUACAGAUAAAAAGAUAAAUUUGCUGUUCACUUUGGACACGUCAUCACAUGAUCGGACUGAGAAUUUGUAUUUGGAAACAUAUUUUAACUUAAUUGCAGCCUACAAACAAUAAGAAAAAAAAAUGCUCGAUGAGAAUUAUCUCCUGAUCUCGUAUCUUAAACUAUUCGCGAUCUAUCCCAGUUUGUCCAUGGAAAGCAAGAAUCAUGCUGAGGAACUGAUCCUGCUUUCCAUGCUUUUUGUUGAUAUGGAAACCGCCUCGGCCUGCUAGGAAGGAGCCAGUUUCGAACCUUUUUGAUUCAUCCCUUUUUUGUUUCGUACACGAAUGGACAGCAGCUAGCUUGUACUGAGGAAUUCGGAAAUAAAAAAAACGAGUACGACGAUAGUGUUUUGUUUUUCGGAAUUGUUGUACAUACCUACAAGACAUGUGCUGUUUAGUUAUGUUUUUUUUUUUAUUAAGCGUACUUAACUAAUUUGUGUUUUAUCUUGAAAUUAAUUAUUUAUUAUGAAAUAUAUAUAUUUAUAUAACGAGACAUUUUUAAUAUAAUAAAUAAAUAAAUAAAUAAAAUGAAAUUCGUCGAUAAUUACUUUAAUCAGUCCAAGUAGGAGCCUUACGGUAAACUAGGCAUAAUAUUUAGAUUUUCUCGGGUUAGAAAGACAGUCCUGGGUGUUGAGUUUAAAUUAACUAUUUUAGUAUAGGUAGACUGUUUUUUGCUUUCUAUGAUAGAACCACGAUAACGAUUGAUUACGAUAUUGGAUCGAAGUGCUA